AGAGCCAGCAGCGAGUCGAGAACAAGCAGCGAGUCGAGAACAAGCAGCGAGUCGAGAACAAGCAGCGAGUCGAGAACAAGCAGCGAGUCGAGAAACCAGCAGCGACUCGAGAACCAACAGCGACUCGAGAGCCAGCAGCGAGUCGAGAGCCAGCAGCGAGUCGGGAGCCAGCAGGAAGGUGGGAGCCAGCAGGAAGUCGGGAACCAGCAGCGACUCGAGAGCCAGCAGCGACUCGAGAACCAACAGCGAGUCGAGAGCCAGCAGCGAGUCGGGAACCAGCACCGAGUCGGGAACCAGCAGGAAGUCAGGAGCCAGCAGCGACUCGAUAACCAGCAGCGACUCGAGAGCCAGCAGCGAGUCGAGAGCCAGCAGCGAGUCGAGCGCCAGCAGCGAGUCGAGCGCCAGCAGCGAGUCGGGAACCAGCACCGAGUAGGGAACCAGCAGGAAGUCAGGAGCCAGCAACGACUCAAUAGCCAGCAGCGACUCGAGAACCAACAGCAAGUCGAGAGCCAGCAGCGA